UCGAGAAAUCAAGCACCAUCUCAGAAUCCUUUCGUGAAUUGUCGGGAUAUAUUGCAACAUGAAAACCGGAGCUAUGUGUAAAAUUCACAUAUUAGAUGAGGAAAAUCAUUGAUGAACGUUUGCUUUAAUGUAUGGGAACCUUAUGGCGAUAAAAUCUUUUGCUGGCUCUCACUGUGACAAGUUGCUCCAUGCUUGACAACGAGCAAAACAUCGAUAUCCAUUGUGGAGCAUCCUGGAAUUCUGAACUACCGUGCUUUACGUUGUUGUGGCUGACCUAUUAAUAUGGGAAACAAAGCUUCAGCUCAAGAGGCUAAAGGAGCUGGGAAAGACGUUAUUAAACAGACGCAGAAAAGUUCCAACGAACUGUACGAAUAUGUCGAUCUAAACGGAGGCGGAAAAUUGGUGGAAGCUUUCAGAAGAGGUGAAGCAAGGAAAGAUUUUACCGAGGUGGAGGAACUUAUUGAUGGAUUUCGAGGCAAGUUCUUGUAUAACGAUGGCGUUGGAAAAGAUAUUGAAGUAAAAGAACUUGUACAGUGGAGAAACCAGAGCCGUGAUGUGCAAGAACCGAAGGAAAAAAGUAUCUUUAGUUCUUUCUUUACCACCUUCACAAAUCGCGUCGAGGAUACAAUCGAAACUGUUGGUACAGAUAAUUACGCGUUGACCGAAAACUCUGGUAAGAGGAUUUUUAUAUGCUUUAUUACUAAGCAAACUUUCCAUAUCGCAACUGUCGCCUGCAACAUUUAAUUUAUUCUUAAUUUCUGCUCCUUGGGCUGCUUGGAUUCCCAAAUUUCCCGGGCGAGGACGGGGAGGCGGGGAAGGGUGGGGACUCCCUUACAUGGAUAUGAGCCAUAAAUUUUUUAUCAGCGGGGGAAGGGUGGGGGCACUUUCUUAUAUGUAUAUGAGCCACAAAUGUUUUAUUGGUAUGGUUGCAUUGUUUCAGUCUGAAAACAGGUAUAGACUUUGCCUGUUUGGUCUGAAAUUGGGCAUGGUUUUUUAGGGAACUCUGGCUGUGUAUGAGCGAAUAUUUCGAAAUUCCAACUGAAUAAGACAGAAAGCAUAACAUGCAAAUUCAAAAUGGAUUUUAUGAAAUCAUUCUGUUGGCAUUCUAAUCUAAGCAAUGAUGACAUAAUUUCUUAGAGGCCAGGUCUGAAAACAGGUGUGGAAAGUUUUAAAGAACCGGGAUCUGGAUAGAUAUAAACACAAGCUAUGAAUAUUUUCUAGAACUGGUCAUGUCACUAUUUGUGACCAUAACUGGAGUAAUUUUGUGGGCCUACCAGCCCCUUUUUCCCUGAUAUAGGCCACUUCAAAUUUUCGAAUUAGGCUUUCGAAUUAGGGCUAUUGGACAGCAAAUUUGUCAUGCUCUGGGAAGAAUGCCACUGGCACUCUCUGCUUUGUAGCAACUAAGGGACAAGAAUGCUGUGACUAAGAUUUCAAGUUUCUAGAUAAUUUAUUAGUAGGCUGAGAAUUGCAUAGCUCUACAAUGUACAUGUAGGAGGUCCUUUUGGCUCCAUUUUCCAUUAAUUUUGCUUGCUAUAAAAGACACCUAGGCUAGUCAUGUCACACAUAUACUGUAGUAGCCAGAGGAAAAUUAAUUGUAGUAGCGCAUAGUCUAACUUUCCUACUAUCAAUGAUUUUAGGCAAUAAAACUCGACAAGUCUACUGGGAUAUCAACCUGCGAGCGGCCGUUGGUGAAACCAUCCUUCAUCUGUGUUUUCUGAAUGCUACUCGUGUGCAUUAUGAUCUUUCCAAGAUGAUCAUUAAAAGAUUUCCCAAUCUUGUCAAUGAUAUUUAUCUCAGUGAUGAGUACUAUGGUAAGUUUCAUGAAAAAAAUAAAAUAAAAAAUAAAAUAAGAUCAUUACAUUGACGCAGCGAGGCUUAGUAAUAUAAGGUGUUGGAUGUUACAUGUGCGUUAUACCUUUUUUACUUCAGGUCCAACUUCUCAGUUGUUCUUCUGGCUUGUACAUUGUACAUAGAGCGGUUUUCACUUGACUGUCGUAAAACCAAAACCAAAGUAAAUACACUAGCCAACCAAAGGGCGUAGUAAAACCAAAACCAAACCAAUUCCUCAAUAAUAUUACUUUCGACAGUCAAGUGAAAAACGCUCUAUAAAUCAAAACUAUACCGAAGUGCAGUUCUGUAUUAUUAAUUUUUUGUUUGAAUCUUUUGUGGUUCAAUUUUAUUAUUGAUCCAACUUUGUCUCUAAUUGUUGUGGCAAAUAUUACCAUACCGCCCUAAACAGAAAAAAAAGUAACAAUUUCGAGCCAAUGAUGAAAUCGAACCACACGUCUUGGUCACUUUUAUUGUAUUUUAAUACUUUAUUGUGUUGAGCUUUAACUGUCCUUCUCAAAAUUAAGUUUUUGAAAGUGACAGUUAAACCUAGGUCAUAAAAAACUGGGGACAACUUCAUGGAAAAAUUAAUACAGGGGCACCCAACGAGGAUAUAGUUCAGUACCACUUAACAUAGCAUUGUUGAACGUAUUUUAGUAUUUAAACGGUAGAUAUAGGCAUAUUUUUAUCCCCUAAAAACUUUUCAUCUGUUCGGAUUUCCUAGCUGAAAGUCUAGUGAUCCGAAAAUUAUAGGGAUCAAAACUUACCUUUUCGAAAAUUUCAGCCAGGAAAAGGCUCCUGAAAAUUCUAGGUGGCCUUUCUUAGGGUAAAUAUCCGUUUAAAAUGGGUAAUUAUACCAUUUUGUAGAUGUUCGAAAAUCCUAGGAGAGGCAGGGAAGGAAGAAAUUUUACAACAAAUGUUCCGAAAAUUCUAGUUCUCAAAUCGUCUUCCGAACAGAUAUUUUCGCAAAAAUUGCAGUUGGGUGCCCCUGUUAAUAGAUAGUCAUGGAAUUUGACAAGCUCAUAGAUUAAUUACAGGCCAACAACUGGGGUGGGAUUUUACGGUAUAUCUAGAAAUUGUAUUUAUAUUUAAAAAUGACACAAAGAGGGGCUGAAAUCAAUUAAUUAGUUAGCUAACAGUGAAUAUUUUUAUAUUGGUUUUAGGUGAGAGUGCUCUGCAUAUGGCAAUUGUCAAUGAGAAUCAAGAAAUGGUACAUUAUCUUUGUAAGCACGGAGCAAACAUACAUGAGCGAGCUUAUGGAGCUUUCUUGAUGCCAGAAGAUCAGCGGAAGUCAAGAAGAGACAACUUUACUCAGGAAGAAAUUGUUCUUAGCGAUGUGACUAAUUAUGAAAGGUUUGUAUUCUAAUGUGUUUAUUCUAUUGUGUGACUGUCCUGGACAGUACAAUGUAACUUCCCAGCAUGUGCCCUUAUUGUUUUUGCUGUAGUGGAAUUUUAGUUGCUUUACAUGUAUGCAUUAACUCCCAAUAACUCAAACCUUCAAGGGAUAUGAAAAAAGGUUCAAGUUAUCGGGAGCUGGAAGAAAGUACAGCUGUAGAUGGGAGUAAGGGAAGAAUAACAGUUUUUACUGCACAGCAAACAUAAAAAAUCACAUUGAAUUGUAGAAAAUGUUAAUAAGUGAAAAUUAAAAGAUACUUUUAGAUCAUAAAUCAGAAGGUAAUGUACCAAAACAUUGCCUAAAUAGAGCAAGCAUUUUACUGUUUUGAGAAGAAAAGCUCAGUUUCAUGUUAGAUUUGUGACAAACAACAUCAGCCUCCACUAGCAUCCUAACGCCUUCACUAUGUGCCUACAACACAUCAAUGGGAAAUUCAAAAUUCAAUGUUUCAGACACCAGUACACUGUUUUUUCUCAACUUUUUAAAGGCUCAAAAUAUGGUUUGAGUUGUUGAGCAUAAAUUAAGUUAUACAUGUAUAGACAGAAUUGAUCUGAGGGGAAACAAAAGUUGCUUUCAGUUAUUGAGAGGUUAGAGUUAUCAAGGGUUUAAGUUACUGAGUGUAAAUGUACAAAAUCCAGGGGAAAUUGAUUGUUGUUCAAGUUACAAAUGUACCUGUACAGCUGUAGGGUGAGGUUUGAGUUAGUGGGGGUUUGAGUUAUCUGGAGUCAACCAUUAAGUUUCAUUAAAAUGUACACCUGAAGCAAAUAAAAUUUCAACCAUGUCAUUGUACUGAACCAUGACAUCUGUUGUGGGAAGUGAGCUAAUAUUUGUUUAGUCUUGGUGUUGUACAUUUACUUCUAACUUCUACAAAUUUUCUGCUUCUUUCAGCAACACAUACUGGGGAGAGUAUCCACUGUCAUUUGCUGCUGGACUUGGCUUGGAGGAUAUGGUGCGAUACCUGUUAGCUAAAGGGGCGUGCCCCAAUAAACGGGACACAAAUGGCAACACUGUCUUACACAUAAUGGUUAUUCAUGACAAGUUGGUAAGAUUAAACUUACUUAUUUGGUAUGAUUACAUUGUCAGGAAUCAUGCGUUAAUGGUAGGGACCUUUAGCAAUGAUGAUGGCAUUAAUUGUGAAAACUUGACCUAAAAUUAGGAUUUGCGCUGUUUUAAAUUUCAUUGGUCUUAUUCCAACUCUUCUAGUUUGUCUGCAUAUACUGUAGGUUGGUGACUUAUUCAGGAGUUACAUUCUAAAGGACUUUAUCUAACCUCUGAAACAGAACAUUGUCAUCUUGUGUUCCUGUCCUCCAAUUCAGUGCAUAAAAUUGCUAGAAAAUUGUAACAUCACAGUGUUGUACACCUGUUUGACUUAAGGUUGCUUCAUAGAAGAAUGAUGCAUGGUCCAUGUUUCAUAGCCUGCGGUGCAUUAUUGUAGCAUUAGUCUAGUAAAUUCAGGGCUUCUGACAGGUCGCGGAAGAAAAAGUCAAAUUUCGUAGGAUUUUUAGGGACAAAUUCGCGGAAAAUCUGCCGAUUUCGCGGUCAUUUUGUGGAAGCUUUUGGGGCAAACAAUCGGUAAAAAAUGGCCAAUUUUGUUGUUAUUUUCAAGGCAAAUUUCGCUACAAAUCAAGCGGUUUUGCGCUGAACAGACCAGCAUUUUUAACGUUUAUCUAACAGAGGUCAUCAUUUGCUCUUUCAACAACAAUAUGCUCCAGAAAUGAACCAGUGGCAAAGCCUUUAACAUCAUGGCUGGGGCCCAGUUUUUUUGCAACAUAUAUAAUGUACCCCUGUAGGGCUGCAAAUAACGGACAGCAGGUUGCCAGUCAUGAUGACCGGCCAAAUAUUUUUUAGCCCGGACAAACCCCGAUUCUGGCCGGUCAAAUAAUGAAUACUAAUAAUUUUUUUUUUGCCUAAGGAAUAUCCAAUUAUGCUGGCAAUAGAUCGUUAUUACUACAUUGACGUUCACAUUUUUGACAGCAAAUUGGUGAAAAAUGCAUUGGCACGUUGUAGAGUUCCUUUCCGCGGUUUUCGUGCGUUUUAAUGUUACGUUCUACCUUGAGUAUCAUUGCACGGCGGUGUCUGAAGUCUCUAGAGGUAAAAAGUGAAGCGUAAAUCCUUUUCAAACUCCCAAGGUUCAAGAAACGGAAUACACAUACAGUUCAGCAAACUUUAGAAAUUACGAAAAAAAAAACCAAAAAAUUGGGUUAUUUUACAAAAUCUGCACACGCUUGUUUUACGUUGAUGUUCCGAAAUGAACAUCGGUGAAACUUGAUCUUUUUCCUUGCCUGGCACGUGAUCGAAAGUCACUUCCUCAAAGAAGAAUCGUCGCUGAUAUUUUCGGCAAAGAAGUUGAUUUGCAUUGGCGAGAAGUUUGUUCCACAAACAGCGUGUUGAUGAUCAGAAGUCAAUAAAUAAAUUUGGGUCAUCGCGCAACAUUUUAUCGCGAAGGCCGGCUCAAAUGUCAACAGAAAUUUGCAUAAAGUUGUUUACAAGAACGAGAAUCUAGCGCCGCGAUGGACGACGACCUUCCCUCUUGAGUAGCUUAAAUUUGUAUCAGACCAUUCUGGAAUCCAGUCUGCAAACGAGAUUCAUGUUCGACAUAAAAGAAAUUAUUAAUAAUCGAUGCGCUCCUGAAUGAUCCUGAAUUCCUUCGAAUUCCCAGAGAAGGUCACAUUGCUGAUUGCAGGAUCUUACAGCAAAGCCGAAAGUACAGUACGACUUGCAACGUUGCGUUACUUUCCAACUCAGUUUGUUAUUCACUUUGUUGUGUUAGAUUACGACAUGACGACAUGAAAUUAAUUUAUUGCGGCGCUCUUUUUCUUAGAAGGGUUUAGUGCAAAGUAGCAAAAACGCCAAAGAAAAAAGAAAUCAUUGCAGCGUUAUAGAGCAUUAAGCGACAACUGUAUGGAAAAUAAAGUGUUUGUAUCAAAAAAUGACCGGUCAAAAUGACCGGCAAGACCGGAGUUUGACCGGUCAAGUCCGCGAUCAGGCCGGACAUUGUCCGUUGACCGGCUGUUAUUUGCAGCCCUGCCCUGUUAGUUUUGGGAUGUUGUUUGCAGGUUUCAGUGAUGAAGUUCUAAGAUAAUUUUGCAAGUUUACAGCAAGUAAAUAGCCCCAAUAGCUGAAAUAAGUUUCAAAUAUGUUGUACAGACAUGUAUUUGAUAAGAUUUCUACCGAAUUUUGCGGUAUUUUUCGUGUUUUUGUAAAUUUUGCGGGAUUUCGCGGAUUUGCCUGAAUUUCAUGGCUCCACGACCGCGCAAAAUAUCACAAGCCCUGUAAAUUAUGUGCGCACAACGAGCCUAGAAACCUAGAAAGCAAACGUUGCUGGCACUUCUAUGCUAUGUCAGCAGAACGUUAAGACAAUGUAUUUCAAAACACUAAAUCCUAGGCUUUUUAAUUUAAGACAGUGAUUUGAGGUUAGGUUUUUCUCUGUGGUAAUAUUCAAAAGCUGCCAAUUUUCAAUAAGUUUGCUUGGCUUGUACAUGUGGGAAUUUUGGAUGGAGUUAAAACAAAAUCAAUUUCGAGGCAUUUGUUGAAGUACAUAAAUGACAACACUACGCGUUUAUCUAUUUUCUGACGCAAUUUUUUUAAAACUGAAUAAAACAAGAAUAGGAAUGAAUAGCGUUGAUUUUCUUUAUUGAAAUAACCUGCAUUCUGGCCCAUGCAAAAAUGUAGCUUAAUCAGGGGAUAAAACCCUAUUCAUUUAAUGCUGUUAAAAGAAGAGGCUUCUAAUUUCUUAAUGUGAGAUUUUUAAAAAAAUGCUUAAAAAAAUGCUUAAGAAUUGUUAGCAGCCAUGUGACUUGAAAGCUCUCUUGAACAACUUUGUUAGCUUGUCACAAUGGUCUCCAUUGUUUCACUGAACGUGAGCAAGACUGAACUUCCCGCUAAACAAGGGUUUACCAUUUUGCACUGCAGGCUAUGAAACAUAGUUCACGGGAGCAAUCUUAAUUGAAAUUGGUGUAUACAGUGUAAUAAAUUAUGCUUUUGUCAUUAUCUUGUGGUUCAAUUUUAUCUUUGGUUUAAAUUAUAUUUUCCUUUGUGUUGGGGUACAGUAAUGUUUGACAAUGAGUUUGAUACGAUGGAAAAUAAAAUUAAACCAAGGAUAAAAUUGAACUACGACAUAUGUAACUCUAUUUUAAAUUAUUAAUUUUAAAAAGUAUUAAAUUUCGUAUUAAAUGUUGUAUUUCAAAGUUACACGUUUUCCCAUUUGCGUACUAACCAUAAAUGGCCUCAUUCUUCCACUUUAAUAGUCUUUCUUCGUGAAAAUGAACUUUCCAGAGGGGUCGGGGGGUCUUUGUCACACUUGUGUAAAUUCCGAGGGGGUGGGGGGUCAUCAGAUCCCUGCAAAAAUAAUGAAAAUCUAGGGAGGUGGGGGGUCCUUAGUGAAAUUCCCUCUGUGGUGGGGGUCUGGAUAUUUUCUGGAACUACACAAUUCAGGCCAUGUGAUGUUCUCCAGGGAAUUAAUUUGGCUUUUACUUUUUUCUUAAAUCAUGCAUACAGUUUGGUAUUAUUAUGCAUGUGUAUGCACACGUAUAGGACUACAUUUGAUUUAAGCAGUUCUGUGGGGUACCAUCUCCUGGUCUGAAAUGACAGGAAAACAAAACAUACAAGCUAAAAAGUCUAUUUGCUGGGAAAAUGUUGACCUUUUGGUGGGGUCCAAUCCUCUCCCAGGAUCUUACAUUAAUUUUGUAGAUCUCACAGGCCUUCCACAGAUUUGCAUGAGGGACAAAAUUUCUGAAAGAUGUGAAUGGUAGAAAAUUAAUUAUUGUGAAAUUUGAGAAGCAAUAAUGGUAAAUUCGGACAUUUUCAAGCUGAGAUGCUGGUUUAAAGAGUUCAGUACUCUGUGACUUGAAAAUUAGAAUGCGAUCAAAACUGUGAGAUCAAAUCAAAAUUUUCCUAGAUCUUAGAUCCACGAUUUUCUUGGUAUCAUAAUUCCUCCGCACCUAGUUUGAGAAAAAACUCGUUAUUUUGUAGAGUGAGUAAUAUUACCGAGGUUUUGUUUUCUUAAAAAAGGUACCUGUACUGUAAGUAAAAAAUAAUUGUUGUAAAAUUGUAACAUUGGUGUUGUUUGCAUGUACAUGGAUAAAUUUACUAGGACAUGUAUGACCUUAUUCUUGAUAUUGGCUGUCGCUGUCCAUGUGAAUGUUCAAAGCCACUCACAGACAUUGUCAACAGAAUGGGUUUCACACCUUUGACCCUUGCUGCCAAGCUGGCUAGAAAAGAGGUAAACCUGUUAAACUCAUGAUAAUAUUCUAGUGCUGUUAGUCAGCUCAGCCAUCAGCUUCUUGACUAUGUACUGUACAUGCAUUCAGUUGGCUACAAUGUACAUUGUAUUGUAAAACUGUGUAGACAGUAGGAUGAUUAUACAUGGAUACAGUACAUGCAGUCUGAAUUAUUUGCCAAAAUGAGGUGAUGUUAGGUUAUGUUACAGGUCAUUAUAUUAUUAUUAAAAUUAUUACUGAUAAUAUGUACCUUUUAUUAGCCGAGUUUUCAGUCCGUGAUUUAUGGCCCAAGCACAAAGCAUGCGGGCCAUAAAUCAUUGGAAAAAAAUGAGGAUCCAUAAAUAUUAAUUUACCGUACGGACCAAAAAAAUGAGGCUAAUAAGAUGUUUAUCAUAAUGGCUUCCUGUCAUUUGACAGGCAUCAGAAAAUGAAAGUUUUUUAAUUGGCUCACAGAAACAAUAGCAAGGCUUUCCAUUAAAAGUAAAAUUGCCAUGUUGAAAAAGUUUAUUAGGCAAUACUAAGGGCACUGUAAGUAUUGUUACCUUAUUUGUUAAAGGAAUCGCUUGUUUUCUCUUAGGUAAAACUUUUCAAAUCUUUGCCAGUCGAUUUUCGUCUUUUUAGCUGUUUACUGCAAUCAAAUUUUCAAACACUGGUUAGAAUCCUCUUCUUCAAUAAAAUUACGAUUCAGUUUCUUCAUUGCCUCUGUUAACAAGUAAACACAGGUUAAAAAGGUUGAAGGAUGAAGUAAACAUCCAAGUCCUGAAGGUUGACAGACGUCUUAUAACUUUCUUUAAACCUUUUGUUCAAGAUAAAGAGAUUUAGAGCUGCUAAAUGAGCAUUUGCUUUGGAGAUUUUGGUCCGUAUAGCAAUUUACGGACUGCAAAUUGACCAAUCACACUGUGAAAAACAGACUUAGCCAUAUGAUAAAAAUAAUUAUUAUUUAUGUUAUCAUCAUUAAUGGUGGUGUGUGAAAGGUGCAUUUUAUAACAUUAUCAUAAGUGUUGUAAUGGCUUAGCAGCUGAGUCAUCGAUGAGUAACUGUUGUUUUACUCCUAGUUUUUGGGGCCUUAGUUGUUCACCUCAAAGUCAUGCAACUACAGUUGUAGCUGUGGCUUUGGUGAAAAAUGAGUUAAUAAUGCAUUUUGUGAUGUGAUACUCAUGUAAAUGACAUGAAACACAGUUCUAAUCUCUACAUACAGUGUGCAUUACGUGUUAGUGCAUACUAUAAUUUUUUGGUCUUCAAAUUACAAUCAUUUGCUUUAUACCUACAGCUGUAAAUGCUAGUGAAUAAUAAAAGUGUAUUGAUAUACAUUUAUUUCUACUUUGUUUGUUUCAGAUGUUUCAUCACAUACUUACUCGUGAGAGAGAAGUUUUUUGGCAGUAUGGUGAAGUCACUUGCGCUGCAUUUUCUCUUAAUAAUCUUGAUACAGUAAGCAAACUUAAUCCUACUAGAUUUGCCAUUACCUUUUGACAUUAAUUUACAGUAAAUACCUGAAUCAUUUUUAUAACCUUAAUUGUAGUUUUCAUGAAUAUUUUUGUUUUUAUGGUUUUUCUUUGUUUUUAAGUUCAUUUGUAUCAAGUGUCUUAUUUUCCAUCCUUUGACCAAUCAGUUCUUUUUGAAAAUGAAAAAAAAAACCAAAACAAAAACAAACAAACAAAUGAACAUAAGUUAAGGGUUUCCUCGACUUAAUGAAUGCAAGACCGCAGCAUCCUUUAAGGUGUAAGACAAAUGAUUCUUUAUUAAUGUAGAUUACAACAACUAGUCACACAAAUACAUUUUAGAGGUCAAAUUUGAUUUUAGGUUAAUUUUAAUUUGACCCACAGUGGGUCGAUUCUCAAUCCUUUGUCUUCAAGGGCUAGGAGACAAAGGAGAUUGAGAAUCAAACUACGCUAAAACGUUUUUAAACAUAAACUUAAAUUUGACCUGUAACAUGCAUGCACCAACAUUUUAUUUUGUUCUGUGUAAUGUCAGAUUUUUGGAGAACAUUUUGGUGCCCGCGCCGUUGGGCAUGAAUGAAUGUUUUAUUGUAUUUUUAACAUCUUUAUUAUCAUAUUUUAGGUUACCAGUGAAGGACACAUCAAUGAGAAAUGUGCAUUAAACAUAAUCACACAUGAAGUGAGUUAAGAAAUUUUCUACUGUACAGGCAGAGAGGAUGUCUCUGCAAAUUAAACAUUUACACAUACAAUGUAUUAUCAUUCAGUGCUAGUUAUUUGUCCUUCUCAUUGGCUCCAGGGCCCACCAUGUAAACUGCAAAUAACUGUGUAUGAAAAAUGAUCUGCUCAUGUGCAAUCAAUGUCAUCUAACUGAGCUGGGCUGCAAAUAAUAUUCUGCUCAUGCAUGAAUGAAAAAACUCAUUUCUCCUUUUUGCGAUCCCUCUUGUGUAAAAAUGGCAGAUUGCUUUGCGAGGAUAUUCCUUAAAAAAUGAUUUAACAAUAAUAUUAUUGAACAUGUAUGUGUACAGUAUAACCUCUCCUUACAGACACCUCUCUAUUAUGGACAGUUCGUUUGGUCCCAGAAAUGCCAAAAAUCAUACAUCCCUACCAGUCUAUAAUAUGGACACCUCGGUAAAGUGGACACUUGGUUCUGUCCCUUUGGUGUCCGUAUUAAAGAGAUGUGACUGUAUGCCCCUAGGCUGAAUUACAAAAUCCAUGCAUUGUUUUGCAUGUUGAGGAGGUAGCAUGUCUCUGUAUGUAUUUUACUACUGUAUCAGCUAUUGUUGUUGUUACUGUCCUAGUUUCAACCUUUCUUUAUGAUGCUUGUCGCCAUCUGUCUGUCUUAUGUUGCUGUUUCAAGGCCAUAUGUUGCCUGUUGGAAUUUUACCCUAACAUGGCCUCAUCAAUGUCAAGCAUUAUGUUCUCAGUGGUUGGCUCUGCUUAAUUACAUAAUGUAUCUUUGAUACUUGAAGCUAGCUGCGAAUCUUGUUUCAUGACUUUUGUCUUUGUUGUUAUUGUUCUUUUGAAGGAAUCUGUGCCUCAUUUGGACCUUUUUGAUGGGAUUCUGUACAAUUUGCUCAAGGAGAAAUGGAAGCAUGCCUGCCGCUACAGGUUUGAUGCAAAAGACAAUGUAAAUAUGUACAUAAGACAAUGUAAAAGGGAAAGGGAACUGGAAAUCAUUCAACACUAGCCUUUCACUCGGUCAGUCUAGUCUGUCGCAGAAGCCCAUUACAAGGAUUGAGCUCAGAACUAAUUCCAUGUACACUCGUGUCACAACAUUUUUACCGACCAGCGUUUGGUUUGAAUUUGGAAUAUCUUUUGAGUCCCACAAACCAGUCUGCAAAAACUACAGACCAUAAAAUGGUAUUUUGGAGCAUUUCAUGACCUUAAGUUUUCCUUUUGACAUCUUAUACUUUAAAUGCACUUUUAGAGGGAAUGUAACAUGUACUUUCCAAUUACGCGCGAAAGGGUGCUCGAAAUUAUGUCUAAAAAUAAACUGGUCCGUUAAAAUGCUGUGAAAAUAACUCUUGAAUCACUAACAAUUGUUUAGGAAAGGUCUUCGUUUCUUCUAAAUGGCAUGGCAGAUGCCACUAGCUGUGCUAACUUCCUUGUGUCAGAGGGGGCGGAGCGUCUUGAAACGUGGGGGGGGGGGGGGGGGCUCACCUCUCAGUUAGCAAUGUGCAUACAUACCCCCCCAAACCUCUUUGCAAUCUUCGCAGUGUCUACUGUGUCCGUAAUCAAUUUGUGACAAUGCAUCAGUAGGCAGUUAUUCAGGCGGCCCUGUUUCGUGGUGCUUCUUAGGUAGUUGUUGAGUCGUCUGAGGGUAAAAAAUGUGCACUCUGAUGCCACCAAUGCCACAGGUUAUGUCACUUGCUAUAUUUUCGGCACCAAAACGUGUGCCCCCCCCCCCCAUUUUUACUUUUAGGGACCACAGCCCCUCCUGCCUCUUGCUCCACCGCCUAUGAGUGGGGAUGAGGGCGCAAGAUUGCCGUGUAGGUUGAGGGGAGGUACUAAGUAUUGAAUUAAAAGCAAUGUUAAGCUAAGAUGUAUCUAAAGUACAUAUAUUAUUACUGUUAUAAUAAUUAUACACAUAUAAUAAUUAUAACAAUAGCUUGUUGUGAAAACCUAAUACCAAUGAGAUUUUAAUAAUACAGCAGGAUACCUUCAUAAAUUUUUGGCCAGGUCUUGGGUUCAGGUACUAUUAUCAGUUUGUCAGUCAAUCAGACAGUCGGUUAUUCAGACAUUCAUUUAUUGACACAGUCAGCUGGUCAUUCGGUUAGUUGGUCAGACAGUAAACCAGACCUUCAUGAAGACGGUCUAUCAGAUGGCCAGUCAGUCAGAGUGUCAAUCAGACAGUCAGUCAGUCAAUAAUCAGCCAGACAGUGAGAAAGUUAGUUAAUGAAUGAGGUAGUCAGUUAUUUAGACAGUCAGACAGUCAGUUCAUCUUUUGUGAGAGGAGAGCUAGAGUCACUCGGUUCGUCCGUUUGUCAGAUCUUUAGUUCAUUAGUUUAUGGUAUUUACAAUGAAAAACCACCAAAUUUUGAAAUACAGGUAGUCAUUAUUACUCUAAGGUCUCCUUUAGAUCAUAAACUCUUUUCUUUUCGUUGAAUUGUGCAGCUCGAUAUAAUCUUUAUAUUGUAUGUCGUUACUUUGGUAUAAACUAUCGCAAUUACUUUCGAGUUUGGAGUCGCUCCAAUUAUUCUUUUUCUCAUUUCCAGGUUUUAUCAGCUUCUUGCCCUGUAUGUUGUCUUUCUCAUCGUCUUCAGUACUGCAAUGCUUCUCCGCCCGAUUGAAGUAAGUCUGCAGCAUCCUGCUUCAUUAGUACAGUCAAACCCAGUUAAUACAGUCACUGAGGGGGCCAUAGAUAGUGUCCGUAUAAAAUGGGUGUCCGUAUUCGUUUACACGGCACCGCACGAAUUUUUAACCGGUUGAAAAUUCGUGUGUGUAGGUGUUCCGUUCACACUUAACGACUUUAACCGUGGGGAAAUUUAGCCGGUCAAUGUUCCUUGUGAACAGAGCGAAAAUAUUUCACUGUCCCUUGCCAACGAAGUGUUCGGUCAAAUUUUUUUUAAGCCGGUCGAAAAUUCGUCCUUAGCCUUAACGGAUGAGAGUGCAUAUUUGUAAGAUUUUUUAAUUUAAUUUGGACAGGAAGUGGGCUGCGUUGAUGAACUCAGUGAUACACUGAAUAACUCUACUGGAGGUUUGAUGGGGAUCAAUGGUACAUCUGCUCCUAUUAAAUGCGAUGACUGUUUCCUUCUUACCACAGUUGAAACAAGCACCACUCAACAGGUCAGAACACACAGACAAUCUUGAUUUUACCGUUGUCAAUAACCAGCGCGUGCUGAUCUUUUACCAUAAUUAAUCAACUUGGGUAUAAUCCCUUGUAACCCUUUGUAACCCCCUAUAACCCCUUGUAACUCUUGUAACCCAUGUAAACCCUUAUGAGCCCAUGUAACCUCUUGUAAAAACUUUAGAACCAUGUAACCCUUGUAGAGAGAGAGAGAGAGCGAUGUAAACAAAACUCAAUGUACUGUCUUUUUUCCACAGGCUCGAGCUGCUUUUGAAAUCCUUACUUUGCUGUUUGCAUUUUUCUACAUUCUUAUUCUGAUCCGGGAGAUCAUCUUUCAAGAAGGAAUCAAAAGCGUGUUCUGGGGAUUGGUAAGGUUCCCUUAUUACUAAAGUUUUACCUGGGGGGGGGGGGGGGGGGAGGGGAGUUGGGGUGAGGUUGGGGAGUACCGUAUUUAUUCGAUUAACCGCCCUGGGCGCUUAUUAAAUUUUUGGACCUUGAGAGUGGGCGCUUAUUCGAGGUGGGCGCUUGUUUGAGGCUGGGCGCUUAUUAAAUUUUCACCAUUUUGAGCUGAGUGAAGUAUGUGUAUUUUGCAACAAAACAAUAAAUGCAAUAACAAAACGCAAAGAAGUAACAGAGCAAGGUUUCUGUAAAAUGCUCUGAAGAAAACUCCGUCCUCGGGGAAGUCUCUUAUUAGAAUUUAUUCACUCAAGUGGGUGGAGUGGGGGUGAGCACUUAUUUGAGUUUGAUUGGGAGUGAGGAGGGGGUGGGCGCUUAUUCGAGGCUGGGCGCUUAUUAACUUUUUCUGCCUUUAGGAUGGGCGCUUAUUCGAUGUGGGCGCUAAUUCGAGGUUGGGCGCUUAUUCGAAUAAAUACGGUAGGCCAAUGGCUAGUCAUAUAAUAUGUGAAACGUUGUUCACAGAUCUGUUCAGAGCCUUGAGUAUGGUUCAAGACUGAUGAAAUGUAACGAAAUGUGAAAAUAUUACAUUGCUUGUGGAGCCGUCUCUGCUCGCUCCUCGCCGCUGGGGACGUUUCGCGGGAGAGACGUCUGCGCUUCAACAACAGAAAUGUAGUACUGAUGACGUAUAUCACUGUUUGCAUAAUUAAUCCUAAUUUUUCGAGAUUAUGUUUUUACUCGUGAUGUUUUGAGUUCUUCUGGGAAGGAGUGGUAUAAAAUUAAACCUUGAGUGAUUCCUCUGAAGAAGAAUAUAGUCCACUUAUAAUUACUGUUUUGCAGUAGGUAGAUUCAUCGCGUUUACAUUUGACCUUUGUGGUCUUUUGUCUGUCAUUCGUAAACAAUAGUUAAAAGAAUAUAAUUACUACUUCGACGAAUAAGAGCGAUUUUACGUCCUUAGUGUUGCAUUUCUGUCUCCUUUAUAUACCGGGGUUUCAUCGUAGAAUUAUAAGGGCUCCUAUUUCCAUUGAAGAGCUUGGUAACAUGGGAAACAACACGAACCUUUUUCAGCAAGUAUCUUGUUGCUGCUCAAGCGUUUUCAGUUUUUUUAAUCCGCUGAUUGUCUUUAUGCAACCGUGGUUGUUGUAUUUUCUCUGUUAGGUCCGCACACCUCUUCGGCUCCUGUUCACACUGUCUUGUGUGCUUCUGCUGGCUUGUUUAAUCACCCGAUUUACGUGUAAACCUCACACCGAAGAUCAUUUAGCAAUCGCUGCUCUGGUGAUGGCCUGGCCAUACUCUCUCAUGUUUUGCAGGUAUGUAGGAACCCAAAUGUUUUUCUUCCUUGCACUCUUAGGGAGGAGUCAACUUGGGAUUUCGUCAAGGCAGCCUUAAGUAGCGCUGCUCGCUUGCUAGAGUGUCCGUUCAACUGUAUUCGAAAUACUCAUACUAUGAGUAUUUAAUAAUAAAGGAUAAUGAUAAUGACUAGUAUCAUUAACCAUAAACGGAUCGCAGGUGUUUUUUGGAAGAGAAUGUCCACUUUAAAUUGUACUUUGUAAGCUUACCAAUUCGUGACUUUAGAUACGAGAGGAGAACUGGAACCGAAGCGCGUCUUGCAAUUGUUUCUGGCAUCGUUACAGGGGCUCGCAUGUGUUUCGCACAUUUUACUUAUUAUUAUUCAUUGAAAGUAUUUUUCCGUUUCUGAUUGGCUAAAUGCCACCAAAUUUGGAAGAAUUUUGCGAUAUGUGAACUGAUGACGUCAAUCGUGCAGCAAAAUGGCCAGAUUAUUGAACGUUUAACCGAGAAGACCUCGGGACGAGGUUGAGUUGUUUUGAUAGUGAAUACAGAAUGGUGGAACAUUUCACUCGUUUCACGACGAAGAAAGAACAGCAAGAACAGCAUAAAGGCAACUUGACGGACGACAUCUGCUAUUUGGAGAAUAUUUGCAGCACUGAACAACCCUUUAUCUCCUAAACUUGCCGAUAAACUAUCGAAGAAUAAACAUCGAUGGAGGUAAGCGUGUUUUAGUUUGUUUUGAGACUAGACAAUAUUUUGAAUGAAUAAUAAAACAAUUAUUGAAUUCGGCAUUCCUGUCAUCUGAGAAUCAUGCAGAUGAUACUCAGCCUCAUUCAGUAAUUUCUGAUUAUGUUCCUGCGUGUUUGUGUUUCAGGGGCUUUGCUCUGGUUGGACCGUUUGUGGUCAUGAUUUAUCAGAUGCUUAAGAAAGAUUUCCUGAUUUUCUUUGUCAUUUACUUGAUUUUUGUCAUCGGAUUUUCACAAGGUAAGUGGACUGUUUGUCGAAUUCAUCAGAAGUGCGUCAUCACUCAUAGACAAACUCAGUAACAGGACUGAUAGUUGUUUUUUGGAUUUGCUGAAAAUAACAGCAUUCAUUAAUUGGACACCGUCCAUCGUCCUCUUCUUUCUGCCGCUCUUGUUGCGUAAAUUCACUACGUACCGGUGGUAUUGAUUGCGUAAUUUCACAUGUGUUUCUAUUUUUAUGACAUAUUUUCAGCAAUGUUCCUUGUCAUGAGGGGUUAUGAAGAUAGCACGAUACAAGAAAAUCUUUUUACGCGCUGGUUUGCUGCGGGGCUAGGAGUAAUCAUUCUCUCGUUAGGGGAAUUUGAGGUAUAUUUCCACUUUUUUAGUAUCGCCAUUGCGGCCAUCAGUUUGUCUUAGGCUGUAUGCACUCUAUACCGGAUAGCACGCGGGCACGAAAACCAUAACGAAUCAAGGGAUUCUGUUCACACAUAAGAACGGUGAUUUUCGCGCGAUUUCCGUAACGGAGCGAAGCGUCACGUAUCGGAUAGUUGUUCACACUCUACCGGCACGAAAAGCUACCCGGUAUAGUGGGGACGGAUCAGUUUUGGUUUCUGGGAAUCUACCCGCCUACCCCUCCCCUAAGCCAUCAUUUUGCCUUAAGUGAGAAGUAAGUGUUAAUGUUAGGGGAGGGGUAGGUGGGUAGUUUCUCACAAAUCUAAAUUAAUCCUGGACAUAGCCUUAGUCUAGCCUGCAUGGCAAGUACCGGGGAGGACGUUGGGGGUGGGUUGGGGGAGAGUGUAGGGCAUUAUUAUUCAGAUUCCGUGAGAGCGGUUGGUUGAGAGUUCAAUGCUAUGAUUGAAUGAAGCUUGAGGCUAAACUAGAGCAAAACAAUUUGAAGUGUCAGCAACGCUGGGUGACUCUCAACUGUUUUUUUUUCUACUUUCAGUUGUUGUAUGAACAGGUGGCGAAUUCUAGAUCACCAUUCAGGGUUUUGGGUUUGGUAAGAAAAUUCAACUUUACUCUAUUUCUGUGUGAUUCGUCAAACACCUAUAUCGCUUACAAUGGUUAAAUAUUAAUAGUCCUCAUUUUGAUAAAAUUAACAAAAAUUACCGCUGAAAAUAUCUGUUCGGAAGACGAAACAUUUAACAUUUUAGUAAAAGCCCUCCUAAGUUUUCCCAACAUCUAAAGAAUGGAUAAAAUUCAUUUUAACGGACUUUUACCCAAAAAAAAAAGAAUUUUGCCUUUGUUCCCCGAAAAGGUAAGUUUUGAUCGCUAUAAUUUUUGGAACUAGAUUUUCAGCCAAAACCGAACAGAUGUAAAAUUUUAGGAGAUAAAAAUGGCCUAUAUCUACCAUUAAAAUUUACGUUUAAAUGCUAUUUUUAAGUGGUUUUGAACUAUAUUCUCGUUCGGUGCCCCAGACUACAACAUUUUAGUAUUGAAACUCGUCGUCGUUCUCGUUGUCGUCCUCUUCUUAGAAUCUAAGCUCUUUAUUCUUCCUAAAAUUCAUAGUAGAUUGACAACGGCUAUCAUCGCUUUUUCCCGCCAAAAUGACGCUGCUUCAUUCUUCCCAAAACUCGUAUUAUAUUGACUUAGUAUUGAGAAAAUCUCGUACUCGUAGUUGUCCUAAUCUAAAGGUCUCUACCGCCGGUAUAGACUGUCAGAAACGUAGGCUACCUGAACUUUAAUUCGGUCUUAGAGAGUUCAGAGAGAAGCACAGGCGCAUAUCGUGAACGACUUUUCAUGGUCUAGAGCCUCUCAUCCUUAUCUUUCACCACUAACAGUUUUUGUUUUUAUUUUUCGUGUUGUCAUAGAUCAUGUUUUUCUUGUUUAUUAUCCUUGGUGCACUGUUGAUCGUAAACAUGUUAAUCGCUAUGAUGGGUAACACAUAUCUCAUGGUCGCAGAAACAAAGAAGGAAUGGACUCGACAGGUAGGGAAAAUUUUCCUUUCGUUCACCGCAUAAAGUCAUUAAUUGUAGGUUGUACUGGUACAUCGUGAACGUGUAACUGAACCGGGUAACCCUACAUUGGACAAGACUCCCACCAAUGGAUAGUAUUAAUAUAUGUUGUCUGUUAUCGCUACAGAAUUGAAACGUAACUUUGGCGCUAACCUUUCUAUUGACAGGGUUCGUACAGAGUCUUGAAUUUUUGAAAAAGUCAUGAAGUUUGCUCAGCAAUUUUCCAGACCUGGAAAGAGUCUGGAAAAUGGAGAAAAAGUCUGGAAAAAUGGUUAUAGGUCUUGAGUUUUCUUUUCAAAGCUACAACAAGUGCUUGAGAAAUGAAAUUUUUUUUGUUUUGUUCAUAUGUUAUUCAUUCAAAUUUACCCGUAUGUUUUCAGCGUUUGAUCACCUAACUUUAGUCUGGAAAAAGAAAUUAUUGUUUUGGAAAAAAGUCUGGAAGAAGACUUGAAUUUUGGAUCCAAAAAUCUGUACGAAUCCUGUAUUGACUUCUGUGCCACUAACAUUCGAGUCACUGUGGAAUUCGUAAAUCUGUCAUACUACUGGCAGUAACCCAGUGAUUGAUAAGUAUCCCAUAAGGAUGGAUGGGGCGGGGGAGGGUAUUAAAACUUCUCAACUUCUCAACCUCUCAGCACUUCAUACCAGAGGUACCGAGUGACCAUCCGUCCGUGUGGUCCCCCUCUGGUUCGUCUUAACUUUAUUGUAGGUCUUCUUUCUGCACUUAUUUUUGUCUCGUUUGAAUUUGGUUGUUCAAAGGGAGAAUGACGAUAGAAUUGUCAGUCUUAAUGACAGUACGUACAGCUUCAAAAGUAACUCGACACGGAAAGUUACACUUCGUAUUAGACUAUUGUGAUGCGUGUAAAAUUUUGUUUUUUCUCCCUAGUGGGCGCGACUUGUGCUGGCAACAGAGCGCAUGCUCACACCUAAACAGAGACUUGUUGCGCAGAAAAAGUAUUCACAAAGUCUGAGUACAAGUGGCGAGAGGGCGCUGAUCAUGAGACUGCGGAAUCAUGAAAAUCGCCAACAGGUGGGUAGUGGGGAGGGGAAUUUGUUGUCACUGUAGAAAAUAAAAUGCACUGCAAGAUACAGUCGACUCCCGAUAAUUCGAACCUUCAAGGGAAAUAGAAAAAAAGUUCGAGUUAUCGGGAGUUCGAGUUAUCGAGGGUAAAAUUAUAUAGAAAACGAUCUGAAGGGAAAUGUAAAUUACUUCGAGUUAGCGGGAGGUUCGAGUUAUAGAGGGUUCAAGUUACCGGGAUUCGACUGUAGUUCUAUUUGUGUGAAUCAUGGGCGACCAAAGUCCUCAAUUUUAAAGGUCAUUAGUGACCUUAAGAGACGCCAAUUCUCCUAGACUUUCUCAAAGUCCUUCGCUUCUCGUUUCCGGUUCCGGUAGUAGGCCAAAGCGCGAAGAGCUCCCGCUCUCUCGUUCGCUUUGCCACCUAAAACAUGAAAAAUUUCGAGCUCGCGCUUUGCGCUGGAGAACAAUUUUGAGCUCGACUUGUAGGAGAGUCUACAGUUUUGCCUUUUGGGUAGGCGAACAUGUUUGCCACGUAGUUAUACAAAUGGCAACCAUGAUUUCCCAUUCUCUGUUCUACCCGGUAGCCUACCCGUGUCUCCGGGGUAAGAAACAAUCCACCCGUACGGGUAAUUUACCCGUACCCGCACACGAAACGGUACAUCUUAAGGUCUCUAUAACAAUCUACCGUGUACGGCUAGUGUACGGCUAGUGUACGGCUACCAAUGUUUGCGGUUAGAUCAUGCACGACAAAAUUGGCCUACAGAGGUUAUCAACUUUCUCACUUUGUGAAAAAUCACCACUAGCCAUUACAGCGUAGGAAUGUCAUUCACAGGAUCAAACAGCACGACUCUUUUAAUGGUGACUGAACAUUACACCCUAGCAACAAAAUAUUUAUCACAGUUCUUCUUUUUUUUUUUUUUGAAAACUGAUCUGGGGAUACGCGCCACUAUCCUCUGGUAAUGACAUUUCUGGGGUAGUUUGAGGGCUUCUUCUUUUCAAUUGCUUAAAUUGGAAAAUUUACUGCGAUGAUCAUUCUUCACUUUCAUCGGACCGUUUAGAGUUAUGAUGGGCCUUUUUUUCAAAAAUACCAUAGUACUUGUAGUUGUCCCUCCAAAAUUUUGCAUUGAAAACAAUUCUUAUGCAAAAUUUUGGAGGGACAACUAAGAGUAUUAUGAUAUUUUUGAAAAAGGCCUAUUGGGUUUUGAGUCAUAAUGAUAGUUGAUACUGAAAACCCGCAUUGACCAAUCAUAACUACAUAACUAACGCUAGUUACCCAAACUAUCCCAGAAGUCCAAGUGCUAAACUCGGUUACCUGGAUUCCCGAAUCACUAUUGUUGUUUUGUGUUGUUUUAGAGUCAAGUGUCCCACGAUCCAAAGCAGCAAGCGAAAGCCAACAGGAAAGUUUCCGCAGUGCCUUUACCGAAGAUGGAUUAUAAUUGGCUAGACACUGAAUAGUUGUAGACCGUUCACAGUCUCCUAUUUUUCUGUUAGAUCGCCGAGAUCGAACGUCUACUCUUAUGGACGGCCAUCUUGGUUUCAAGUCUAACCUGGAUGUGAAUAUCAAAUCUAUUAAGGGGGCAAGGAACGAUUUGAGAGGAGGCUAGAAAAAUGCGUUUUCUCGCUCCCCUCCCCCCAUAAACGCUAUAAACCCAGGGGCCCGUCUCUCUCGGUACAUUUGACACAAAGAUGUGUGCCCGUAACAGUGUGCGUUCCAUCUCGAUUACCUUACCACAAGAUAGGAAACUAUGAAAAGUCUUCUCAGUUUGUUAUUACCUGAAUCAAUUUUUUGGAGGAUGAUCAACGCAAAUCCAGGUUUAGUUUCAAUGACAACUUAUUUGCCGUGUUUGUAUUUAAACCUGGAGUUAGGGCUGGCUUGCCUUCGAAUAACUCGGCCCUGGCGCCCGUUUCGCGAAAGUGCCGACAACUUUUUGGGCCCGAAAAAUUAUUUUAUGUUUGCUGUGUUUGCAUUCAUGAUGAAAG